GCCACCAGCCGUCUGUCGCAGACUGCCCCACUGCUGUGGACUAAGCGGGGCACCUUCCAAGGAAAUAAACAACACAAGCUCACCACAGCUGACUUCCCGACGUGACGUCUACAGUUGUAAACAUAGCUGCUCGUGCUCGGGUUCGGCAUGCUCGUGACGCAGUCCAGAUUCCACCGGCUCUCUUGGCCUCCGUCACGUGUUUAUGUUUGGAAUUAGCAGACACCGGAGUGCCUCCUUACUAGAUGUUUACGCUCUGAAGACGACACCAGCCGCGACUAACCAAGCAUGCUGGCUCACAUGUCAAGAUGAAGAGUUUGGCGUCCUGGAACGGUCCAAGCUAUGUGUGUAUGUCUGUCUAGUGGUGGGAAGCCCAGCAGUGUCAGAAUCGUACACGGUACGAACUGUAAACAAAGCGGUCUGCGGAAUCCCAGACUGUCUGAGCUGUGGACGUUAACAAACUGUCGGUGUAUAAUGAGAGCCGGCGGUGCAGAGGGCAGAGUUAGACAAAAGCAACAGCAGCGACGGUCAAGAUGCAGCUACUCGUGUGCUCUCUGUAAGCAGUGUUCUGUGCGCAGACGGCACCGAAGCUCACGACAUGCCGUUGAAGAGCAGCAUCGGGACAGAGCCGGAGGACGGCUACGGCACGCCCAGCAUCCUGCAGAGGAUGGAGGAGCGUCUGAUCCAGAUGGCUGCGAGGCUAGAGACGCUGACGCGCACGGUGGACACGCAGCUGGCGCAGCUGGACAACAGCGUGCUGCAGCUGUACAGGGAGGUGGGCAGCAGUCGGCUGACAGAGACCCUAGCCGAGCUCAGGCAACCCGCGCUUGCAGCGAAGGCGCCCACCGCUACCGCCGACGCCAGCCCGCCCGACCUCGCGGACACCAUCAGCCAGGAGAUCCGCCAGUCGGAGCAACAACUGCAGGCGCAGCUCAACGACACGCAGCAGCGGCUGGUCACCCUGCUGGAGGAGGCGCGUCCCGUCGCCGCAGCGGCAGGCAGCGGCGCAACCACCGUCAUCGUGGAGCGGUGCAGCUUCCGGGACCAGUUCCAGACGGUCGACGAGUGGCGUCCGGCCGACUGCGCCGCCGUCCAGCAGCGACACCAGCGUAGCGGCGUCUACACCAUCUUCCCACCCGUGUGCGGCAACGGCGGCGGCAUCCGCGUCUUCUGCGACAUGGAAACGGGCGGCGGCGGCUGGACAGUGCUCAUGAGGCGCGCGGACGUGGCCGACCACCAGGACUUCAACAUGCGCUGGCAGAGCUACAAAUGGGGCUUCGGCAACCUCAGCAGCGAGUUCUGGCUGGGCAACGAGUACAUGAGCCUGCUGACCAGCAUGGAUCAGAUGCAGUUACGUGUGGAUCUGAAGGCUUGGGACAACGCCUCCACCUUCUCCACUUAUACUCCCUUCUCCAUCGGCACUGAACAGCAGAAAUACGCAAUGAAGAUUGGUAAGUAUGGAGGAAAUACUGGGGAUUCCCUGGCACAUUGUAACAACUGCAAGUUCUCAACGAAGGAUCAGGACAACGAUAGCUGGAGUAAGGACUGUGCAGUGGUGUACAAAAGUGCGUGGUGGCACAAGUCAUGCAUGUAUGUAACUCUGACAGGACAGUACGCCAAAGGUGACAUCAAAACGGCUAGGCAUGGAGUUACCUGGAAACACUGGAAGGGAGAAAGAUACUCGUUAAAGCAUGUCAAACUGAAAAUGCGUCCUGUUAAUUACAUGACUUGGUGUCACAAACUGGCGCAAGAAGGUGCAAGAGAAUAAUGGUGUUUAUGUUAUGCUGUCUUGCGUUUAUGGCUGCCAUGUUUAUUGCAUUACCAUGCUUUCCUUUUGCUUGGUUGUUUGCCAUCUCAAAUUUUGCAGCGAUGCAGGACAAAAUGUGGAAAUGACGUCCGUGCAAUUGACUAGGUGUCGGUGUAAAUAGCGACUUGGUAUGCCCAUUAUGCAGAAUAAUAUAUGUCAGACAUUAGUGAGUUAAGAGCCACGGUGCCUCAACUGCGAUAUGUCGAUUGCUGUCAAGGCUCUGUGUGCGUGGUUAAGUCCAUGGGGUCUGUUUAUGACCUGCACGAGUCAGUGCGUGACGUCAUUGGGUUUACUCCGUCGGCGGCUCGCAACAGGCAAAGUCAAGGCAGUCAAGAACCCGCACCAACGCGCCCCAGCAGCUCAACCAUUCACUUGGCCAUUGCUGAAAAUAAAAAAGAUGACGCUAUGUCGUUUGCCGUCCAAUAUUUCACUGCGCACGGCGCAGUUUACACCGUCUCUGUCACGAGGCGUUGCGAAAAACAACGCAAAGGCGUCAUCCAACAAUUUAUUUGAGAUAUCUGAGAUCCAAAUCAAACUUAAAUAGCCAUUUUUAAGAUCGUUGGUUCACAGCUCUGAUAUUUAACACUAAAAGUCCUGUGUCUGAGGUGCACUUUCCAAAAUAUGUGCAAAUCAUUCUGUGCUAGCUAUUCAAGGUCAUUCAUGAAUGGAUGAUGACAUGAAACGUUAUUCAUAUCCUUCCACCCCACUGGCAGCCACGUGGUGUUCAAGACAACGGACAACACGUUGCUUGGAUGUUAAUAUAUGACUUUCGUGAGCACCACUGCCACACACAAUGAAGGGCAAUCGGUUCUUUGA